AUGACUAGCUACGGCGGAUACGGCGCGACCGGCGGCAACGACGGUGGUUUCUUCGGGGGCUCUCAGAGCGGAAGCCAAGCGGCCAACACGGUGAGCGAAGAUUCGCUGCGGCCGGUAACGGUAAAACAAAUCAUCGAUGCGGAGCAGUCCUUCAACCGGGAGAACAGCUUCCGGAUCGACGGCGCCGACGUCUCCCAGGUCACCUUCGUCGGCAUGGUCCGCCAGAUCAGCCCCCAGACCACCAAUAUCACCUACCGCCUCGACGACGGCACCGGCAUCAUCGAGGUCAAGCAGUGGCUCGACGCCGACCGCCAGGAUGACGCCACACACAACCCCUUCCAUGAGGAGCAGUACGUCCGCGUCUGGGGCCGCCUCCGCAGCUUUGGUAAUAAGCGCCACGUCGGCGUCCACGUCAUCAAGCCCGUCACCGACUUCAACGAGGUCAACUACCACCUGCUCGAGGCUACCUACGUGCACCUGUUCUUCACCCGUGGUGCGUUAGGCGGCGGUGGUGGCGGCGAUGGAAAUGCCGCCGAGGACGAUAGCAUGUUUGUAGAAAACAACGAUGCCAUGUUCUUACAAGGCGCAUCGGUUAAAGCACGAAAGAUGUACCAAUACCUCAACCAGUCGAAGAGCGGGGAGGGCACCCACAUGCACGUCAUAGCUAAAGAGACAGGUAUGACGAUUCAGGAUGUUAUGGGUGCUGCCGAAGAGCUGCUAGGCCACGGCAAGAUCUACACUACUCUCGACGACGAGACAUAUGCCGUCCUAGAAGGAUUCUAG